ACAGCACGUUGGGCUAAAAGAAGCAUGGCGGACGAGAGCCGGGUGAACGUGGAGGAAAACACCGCUGAAAGUGUCGAAGGUUUAAGUAGCGACGAAGAAGAACUGGUUAAUGACGAAGAAAGUGAGGAGACGGUGAAGACCUUCAAAGACCUGGGUGUUACCGAGGUUCUGUGUGAGGCUUGUGAUCAGCUGGGAUGGAAAAGUCCAACAAAGAUCCAGGUGGAGGCUAUUCCAGUGGCUCUGCAAGGGAGGGAUGUUAUCGGCCUGGCAGAGACGGGUUCGGGGAAGACCGGUGCUUUUGCUCUGCCUGUCCUCCAGUCGCUGCUGGCUUCACCUCAGAGGCUCCACACGCUCAUCCUGACGCCCACCAGAGAGCUGGCCUUUCAGAUCUCGGAGCAGUUCGAGGCUCUGGGCUCCAGCAUCGGGAUUAAAUGUGCUGUCGUAGUUGGUGGGAUUGACAUGAUGGCCCAGUCCUUAGUGUUGGCCAAAAAACCUCAUGUUGUUAUUGCCACUCCCGGCCGGUUGAUAGACCACCUGGAGAACACAAAGGGCUUCUCGCUCCGAGCUCUGAAGUUCCUGAUCAUGGAUGAAGCGGACCGGAUCCUCAACAUGGACUUUGAGACUGAGGUGGAUAAAAUCUUGAAGGUGAUUCCAAGAGACAGACGAACCUUCUUGUUUUCUGCCACCAUGACCAAAAAAGUGCAGAAACUAGAGAGAGCAGCUCUGAAAGAUCCUGUAAAAUGUGCAGUAUCUACAAAAUACUCCACAGUGGACAAGCUGCAGCAGUACUACAUCUUCAUACCUUCCAAAUACAAGGACUGUUACCUGGUGUCCAUCCUGAACGAGCUGGCGGGUAACUCCUUCAUCAUUUUCUGCAGCACGUGCAACAACGCCCAGCGGGUGGCGCUGAUGUUGAGGAACCUCGGCAUCACCGCCAUCCCUCUUCAUGGACAGAUGAGUCAGAAUAAACGUCUUGGAGCUCUCAACAAGUUCAAGUCCAAGUCUCGCUCCGUGCUGCUGGCGACAGACGUGGCGUCAAGAGGACUAGACAUUCCCCACGUAGACUGCGUCAUCAACUACGACAUCCCCACUCAUUCAAAGGACUACAUCCACAGAGUUGGGCGAACAGCCAGAGCAGGCCGCUCGGGGAAAUCCAUCACCUUCGUCACACAGUAUGAUGUGGAGCUCUUCCAGCGAAUCGAAAGCCUGAUUGGAAAGAAACUUCCUGCUUUCCCCACUCAGGAGGAGGAGGUGAUGAUGCUGGUGGAGAGGGUGAGCGAGGCGCAGAGGUUCGCCCGGCUGGAAAUGAAGGAACAAGGAGACAAAAGGAAGAGGCCCAAAGGUGGAGACGUAGAGGACGAUGACACAGAACAAGCGAGCGGCGUGAGGAAGAUGGUGAAAGGAGGACCAGGGGGAGGAGGACGAGGAGGACCAGGGGGAGGAGGACGAGGAGGACCAGGGGGAGGAGGACGAGGAGGCGGGAAGAAGAAGGGUGUAGGAGCCUGGAGAGGAGGGCGCUGACGCAUCCGCCUGUAAUAAAAUGUACAUAACCACGAG